AUGGCAAAGUGGUUUCUUCUUGUGCUUUACAAUACCCUUGUGUGGUGGUGUAACAUUCCGUCCACUUUUGCCAUGCCAAAUGAUACUGAUAUACCUGCUUUAUUAGCCUUCAAGGCUGCCAUAGAUGAUCAAGCCUCAUUCGGUGCCCUCAGUUCUUGGAAUGAUUCAGUCCACUACUGCGACUGGCACGGCAUUUCGUGCAGUCGACAACAUCGCAAUAGAGUCGUCGAGUUGAACUUAACAUCCAAAGGCCUUGUCGGAUCACUCUCUCCUCAUAUCGCAAACCUCUCCUUCCUGAGGAGAAUCAUUCUUCCAAAAAACAACUUUCACGGCCCCAUCCCCCAGGAGAUCGGUCGUUUGUUUUGGCUUCAAGUAAUACAACUCACCAACAAUUCGUUUAGUGGUGAACUACCCAAAAACCUGUCGCGAUGCUCUAACCUUGAGCAGUUGAACUUGGUAAACAACCAACUGAACGGAAACAUCCCAGAUGAGCUAGGUUCUUUGUCAAAGCUUGAAGCUUUAGGCCUCGGUAAAAAUAUGUUUUCUGGAACCAUCACUCCUUCUGUUGGCAACCUCACGUCACUUGAAAGAAUUAUGUUGGCGGAAUGUAAUUUGCGGGGGGAGAUUGCGGAGGGAAUCUCUAAGCUUCGGAGAUUGACAUUUCUUCAAUUCUCCGAUAACAAGCUGUCUGGCAAGAUUCCUUCUGGACUGUACAACAUCUCCACUCUCAAUAUAUUGUCAUUAGACACUAACCAACUUGAUGGAAGUAUUGCACCUGAUAUAUGCUCAAAACUUCCUAAUCUCAUGUUUUUGAGUGUCUUAGAUAAUUCUUUCACAGGAAUGAUACCUAACGCGUUGUCUAAUGCUUCCGGGCUUGGACUGACAAACUUCGGUUACAAUAACUUCAUUGGGCCAGUGCCAAAAGAUCUUGGAGAACUUUUGAAUCUUCAAAAGCUGAACUUCCAAGUUAAUCAGUUGCAGGAUGACAUAUCUUUCAUCUCUUCUCUAACAAACUGUACCGGUUUACAAUAUCUUCUUGUUGACGACAAUCUUCUCAAAGGGCCAUUGCCCGACUCGAUAGCCAAUCUCUCAAUCGAUCUUAGCUUCAUGGUAUUAGGCGGGAAUCAACUACAUGGAAGUAUUCCUUCGGGUAUUGGGAACCUCCUCAAUCUCACUGUCUUACACAUGACAAGGAAUUAUUUCUCCGGCCAUAUUCCUGACACUGUUGGCAGAUUUCGUAAGUUGCAACAACUAUAUUUAGGCAUGAACAAAUUCACAGGACUGCCUUCUUCACUAGGUAAUUUAACUGCACUGAAUCUUCUGUACUUGGGACAAAAUAAUAUCAGUGGAAGUGUACCUUUGAGUCUGGGCAACUGUCAAAACUUGUUAGCAUUAGAUCUUUCUCAUAAUAAUCUAUAUGGUUCAAUACCACUAGAAAUUUUGAAUCUUUCCUCCAUUUCAACUUCCUUCAAUCUGGGUUAUAAUUCCUUGACUGGUUCCCUUCCAUCGGAAGUUGGGUCUUUGAAAAAUCUAAAAGACUUCGAUGUGUCCAAUAAUAGGUUAUCAGGGUCUAUUUCAAAUUCGUUGAGCGAAUGUUCAAGCCUGGAAGUGCUUCAUUUGGAAGGCAAUUCAUUUCAAGGCAAGAUACCUCAAAGUUUGAGCAUGCUAAGGGGUUUAAGAGAGUUGGACCUUUCACGCAACAAUUUAACGUGGCUGAUCCCUAGUGGAGGGUUGGUCAUAUCAUUCUGUGGCUCCACUUCAGUAACAGGUUGUUCAGACACGUUCACCACCUGCUCUUCAGCCCUCUCCUCUACAAUAUCUUCCUCACAGCUAGCAGCAGCACUUGCUUUGGCUUCAGUCUGGGUCGUCUCAAGUUCCUUCAAAGUUUGUGCAAGACUGUCCUCCGCCCCAUUCAGCUGUCCCUUUAAACCAUCCGCUGUCCCUAUAGCCUGGUUUCUUUCCCUCUCAAGCCUAAUAAUGUUCGCAAAGAGAAACUUUACCUUGGCGUUAUGGGACAUGAAAGAACUCAGUAAGUUGUCAGGAGACAUUGCAACUUCUUUUUGCAUGUCCACAGGCAAUAGAAAGGCCUGGGACAAUGCAAGUGCAGUCCCUUCAGAGGAGCAUCAAUCUGAGUUUGGAUGUGGCGGCCACGACCUUGACCUCCUUGGCCCCGAACAGUGCCACGACCUCGACCAGGGAUGUUAUAUCAGUGAGCUUGCAUUAGAAAAACUGAAUCUGUCUUUCAAUAUGCUGUAUGGAGAAGUUCCAACAAAAGAAAUUUUUCGAAACGGCAGUGCGAUUUCAAUUCUUGGAAUGGAUGAUCUAUGUGGAGGCAUUGCUAAACUACAUCUUCCUCCUUGCCCAUCCUCAAUAUCCAACAGAAACAAGCUAUCUCACAAGACAAAAAUAAUACUAUAUGUGGUGGUCGCUCUUGUGAUAUGUUCAACUUUGGUAGUUUUAUUGUUUAUGUUUCGUCGCCGACAACGUGUCUUAAGGAAGCCGACCUCUUCCAUGCCUUCUUUCGAACACCAAAAUUUGAAAGUUUCUUAUGCUGAUCUUCUCGAAGCCACCAAUGGAUUCUCAGAGGCUAAUGUCGUUGGUGUUGGGAGUUCUGCUUCUGUAUAUAAAGGAAUUCUUGACCAAGACCAGAUUGUUGUGGCGGUGAAAGUGCUCAAUCUUUAG